UCAAUAUAACUGUUUGGAUCUGUUAAUGAUUCUGAUCAAAAAUCUUGAAGUUGGUAGCAAUAAUUUACAUUUUUUUUUGUUACGGAUAGUAAGCACACUACCGCAAAAAGUAUUUGACGUUGAACGUGAGGGUCUUAUAAGAUAAUGACAACUAUGUAUCAAUUUUAGAACAAAAAAAAUGUUAUUUUCUUAUAUCUAUUUUGAAAAGAAAUAAUAUUUCUAUUAUGAAUUUACAAAAAAUACAUACAAACCAUUUUUAAAAAAUAGCGUCAAGAUCUAACAAGGAAAAGGAAAAAAAAAGUUUUUUUUGUUAUAAGAACAUUAAGAGAAGGUAUUUCUUAUGAACUCCUUCUUUAGGCAUGCUAUGAGAAGGUAUUUCUCGAGGAAUAAGCAACCGUUUUGGCUUGCUCUCAUGUCUGCCAGAUCUCUUGUAUUUAAAAAUGGCUUCAAGUUGGUCACAACUCACAAGUGUCCGCUUUGUGGUUUCAAGUUACUUUCACAACAAAACUAAACACUUUCUAAAUUCGGCAUUAGUCCACUCCAUUAUCAUGACACUUAUGUUUGUAUCUCUUAUUGGUUCAGCAUAGACAGUCAAUUUACUCGGCUGACCAGAAGAAAAAGUCGAUGCAAUAUGUGAUGUUGAUCACUGACUAGUCAAGCACCUCUUAAAUUGAGAGUACGUGAAAACAGUAAGGGGCUAAACGGAAAUAAAAGCACUUCAGUUUAAACUAGGUUUGAUGACGCGGCAACCAGACAUGCAGCAAAGCAAUGCCCGCGCAACACCUGGUCAAAAACCCGUGUCUGCAAAUGUCUUCUCUGAUCAAAGCUCAAGUGAGAGAGCACAGAGAUUCUCCAGAGACAAGAAACCCUUUUGUCUUAUUUCCAGAGCGGCGAUAUUAAUUAUACCGAGUAUUACUCUUACUCUCUUGUGGCGACUGUUGUGUACGCGGGAGCCUUCAUGGAGGUGGACCCGGUGGGAGUUUCUAUGGAUACAGUGGAAGCGUUGACGGUGUUUCCAGGGUUCAAGUUCUCGCCGACGGACGUGGAGCUGAUCUCGUAUUACCUCAAGCGGAAGAUGGACGGUUUAGAACGGUCCGUUGAGGUUAUACCGGAAACCGAUAUUUACAACUUCGAGCCUUGGGAUUUGCCCGAUAAGUCAAUAGUUAAAUCUGAUACAGAAUGGUUCUUCUUCUGUCCACGUGGCAAAAAGUAUCCACAUGGCUCACAGAACAGGAGAACAACCAAGAUGGGAUACUGGAAAGCCACUGGAAAAGAACGUGAUGUCAAGUCUUCUUCCGAAGUGAUCGGGACAAAGAGGACGCUUGUCUUCCAUAUUGGUCGUGCACCAAAAGGCGAAAGAACGGAGUGGAUUAUGCACGAGUAUUCCAUGAAAGGAUCACCUCUGGAUGAUGCUUUGGUUGUCUGCCGGCUUAGGAGAAACAUAGAAUUUCACAAGGCACCAGAGCCAAAUUUAGCAGCCGAUAAGCACAUGAUCUUGCCAAAUGGUCCGGCUAGUUCAGGUAGCCCAUCUGAUUGGGACAGCAUGAUUGAUUUUUACCUUGCAGGUGAAUCAGGUGAAAACCUCCUCACUGAGAUGGCAGAAACAUCAAGAAAUGUACAGGUGCAUACUGAUGAAGAUUUCUUUGCGGAUAUCCUAAGCGACGAUAUAAUCAGUCUUGAUGAAGCGGUGAUGACAGGGAACACAACAAACGAAGUGCCAACACUUGAAUCAGCAUCAAUGGAGACAAGGCUACUUCCUUUACCAAACAUGAUAGACAAACAUAUGGCUUCACUGCUAGAGGAAAUACCACCACAGGAGAAGGAAGGAAAAGAGAGCAGUAGCACUGAACCAUUGUCUAGCUGUUUCGUGGGACUAUAUUCGAUCAAAACGGUGAACCGGGUACGAUGGGAUGUUAUCAUAGGUGCAGUGGCUCUCAUUGCAAUGUUGUUUUAUCUAGAGUGAGGCUAUGUAACUAUGUAAGUAGUUGGAACUUGGAACCGAUGUUGAUGUUUGUUUUUGUGUAUAGGCGGUUCAUAUAUGUUUGUUUGUGUUUAAUGUUUCAACUUGAGCAUUCUGUCAAUUUUUGGUACGGCUUA